AUCGGCAAUCGGCCGGCAUAUUUUUUGACAGAUGUUUUUUUUUGACACGCAAGUAGCGCGGUUUAUUCAUGAUAUUAUUUUAGCGGAAUUUAAUAUUAUUUAUUACGAUAAUUAUUGAUAAAAAGUGUUAUUAAGUCAACAAAACGCGGAAAACAUGGCAGAAGUAGCUGAAGUUACAACUUCGUCUCCCACGGAACUGUUAGCCACGGGUCGACGUAACCUAGCUGUUAGGGACUACAGUGCGGCCGCGGAGGUCCUCAGCCUGGCGUGUGAGCAGCUGGCUCAGGAACAUGGGGAACAUGGAGACCAGUGCGCUGAAGCUUAUCUAUGGUAUGGUAAAGCUCUGUUGGGGCUAUCCCGUGAGGAAAGUGGUGUCUUGGGAGAUGCUGUGCCAGGCACAAAUGCAGAGGAAGGAGAAAAUGAAGAACAAGAAGGCGAUAAUGACGAAGAAGAACAAAACGUAGAGGAAGCUAAAUCAGAAGAAAAUGGACAAGCAGAUGCUGAGAAGAAUAAGGUGGAGUCUACGACCAAAGAUGAUGGGCCUGGAAGCAGUUCUGCCGAUGCUGGAUCUAGUGAGGAGCCGGGCACAACCACAAAUGGUGAUGGUGAAGAAGAUGAAAAUCCGGAGAGUGAAGACAAUUUACAACUUGCCUGGGAAAUGCUUGAACUAUCCCGUAUAAUACUCGACAAGCGAGUGACGAACGGCGGCGGAGACGCGGCCAGGGCGUUGCUGGCCGACGUCCACCUCGCGUUGGGGGAAGUCGCGCUAGAAAGCGAAACUUACGACAAGGCCGUCGUUGAUAUGCAAAAUUGCUUGGACCUGCAGAAGGAACUCUAUGGCACCGAUGACAGGAGAAUAGCUGAAACACAUUAUCAAAUUGGCCUAGCAAACUACCUCGCGUCCAACUUCGAAGAGGCAAUCACACACUUCAAGAAUGCUGCGAACAUUCUAGAAUCUCGAAUCAAGACUUUGGAGAAUCCCGCUGCUGCCACGGAAGAUGUAACCGUCAAGAAAUAUUCUUCAGCCGAUCCACAUUACACCAUCGAAGGGGAAAUUAAAGAGUUGAAGGAGCUUUUGCCGCAAAUACAGGAGAAAAUUCAGGAUAUGAUGGAUUACAAAGCUGAGACGAUAAAACGGGUUCGCGAAGCGCUUGGCGCUUCAAACGGUGACGCUCCAUCACUGGCCUCAUCAUCUUCACACACCAACGGGGCCGGUUCCAGUUCAUCAUCGUCUGCCGCCAAGCCCGCCGCAGACAUCUCCCACCUCAUCAAGAGAAAGAGGAAGUCUAGCGAAACGGAUGCUGAUUCGUCGGCGGCUAAGAGGAUCAAUACGUGAAGUUGUAUCUCUGUGUGUAGGUUAUAAGAAUCCAUUUAUUUUCUUUUUUAAUUUUUGAACCUUUGUGUUUUAUUUAUGGAACAUUUUGGGACUUCUUGGUUCAUCAUUUAAAUAAUUUAGUUUCAUUACAUGUAAAAAAAACAAACGUAAAAUUUAUAGUCGGUUCAGAUGUAUAGACUUCUAAAGUUUUCUCCAGUCAUUUAUUUUUAAAUUUUGUUUUUGAAUCUUUGUGUUUUAUUUUAUGAACAUUUAGGAACUUUCAAUAUAUUUUUGAUUUAAUUUCGUUUCCUUUUAACAUUUGAUUAAAUGUGGUAGGUGUCCUGAAAAUUAUUGCAUAAUUAGAGAGUGGUAUAAUUUUAAGCUGUUUUUUAAUUAAAUAUUUACUCUAAACCGAAGUGACGAAUAAAUAAAGACAUGAAAUUUUUUUUCGUCGUAACUAAUCUAAGUCUUUCUCUAUGUAAGUCAACCUAAUUCACGUAAAAAGUGAGAUACAACUGAUAGGGAUAUCAUAUCAGUUUGUUUGUUUGUAUACUCUUUAUUGUAUAUAAAAAGAAAUAUUUUUUUAAAUUAAAACAGUCAUCAGUCAUCAUCAUCACAGAGAAUCAGUAUUGAAACUAGAUGUAAUAGUUUCGACUUGUCCAAACAAAUAUUUUUAAUCUAAAUGAGACCAAGAUAUAAUAUGACGAAAAAUUUAAUUAUUUAAACAGUUGAAGCUACGUUUACACUAGGCAAUUUUUGAGAGGAUCAGUACAUAUUGAAGCUAGAUAUUAUGGUUUCGACUUGUAAAAUUGCGAAAUAUGUAGUAACCUUGUGGGCUUUGACGUUAAAACAUGUUAUUGGAAGAACCAAUCGCCCAUCACUCCUCCACAUAACAAAUUAGUUGCUUUCACUGCUUUUUGUAAGAAACCAAUCUAUGUAUGUGUCAUAACACAACUCGCGCGAUGUUGUCCGAUAUUCACGUUGAGCUCUGUUUACCCCGCAUGGGAAGUAGACGUAAUAUACUGUGUAUGUAUUGUGGAACUUCAUAUGUUGCUCGUUGAUGAUGCCGCGUUUGUAGUGAAAAUCAAUUAUCGAAAGUAUGUUUACGUAGAAGUAUAGUAAUUAAUUGUUACGUUUGAGCUGAAAUAUAAAAUGGAUAUUUUGUAACGAUAUAAGUACAAGUGGCCCAUGUCUUUUAUUAAGUAUAGAUUUCACUGCUUAAUUGACGAAUAUAAAAUAUUUUUCUUAAAACAAUAUAUGACAAAUUUCGGAAUAAAAAUCACUAACUAUUUGGAGACUUGUAGAAUAAGCAUUAGGUACAUAAUUUAUUAUAGAUAUGAUAGUAUAUAGAAAGGCACCCCAGUUAGUGUAAACUUUUUAAUUUGAUUGUAAGCUUCGACUUCAUUUUAAUUAAAAUAUUUUUCUCUA